GACUUAUAUGAGCAUGUGACUUCUUUUUUUAAUGAGCACAAUUUAAAUCUUCAACAAUGUUUUGCUAUUGCUACUGAUGGUGGGUCCAAUCUAUGUGGGUGCAAUAAAUCUUUGUACACAUUGAUGAAGAAAAAGAGGGAUGAUUUAAUGCUCUUCAAAUGCAUUUGCCACUCUAUUCAUUUAGUGUGUUCACAUGCUUCUGAAGAACUUCCGUCAAACAUUGAUUAUAUGUUGCGAGAAACUUUUAAUUGGUUUAAAAGGUUAGCGUUACGUCGAAAAAAAUAUUUGGAUAUUUAUAAUACGAUAAGUGAUGGAACUGAUCCUCUACAAAUGGUUCAUCUUUCUACAACCCGAUGGUUGGCAAGAGGGCAGGCUGUUGAACGAAUAUUGAACCAAUGGGAUACGUUGAAACUGAACUUUGAUUUUGCCGCUACUGAACCACAUCAAGAUCGUUACGUUGCCAAAGAACUUCAGCAAAUGUAUAAUGAUCCAGCUAAUUUAUUAUAUUUUACAUUUCUAUUACCUUUGCUAUCGGAAUUUAACUCAAUUAAUUUGCUAUUUCAAAAAGAACAUGCAGAUCAUUUCAGUAUUCUCCAAGAGUUAGAGCGCUUUACAUUAUCAUUACUAAGAAGAGUUUUGCAUCCAUCUUCAGUUUCUUUGGAAGUAGAUUUAAAUUUUCAAUCAAUUUAUCUACCACUUCAGAAAGUGGAUUUUGGAUACAAAUUCACAGCGCUUGUUAAUCGCUUGGUAAAAGAUACUGAUAUUUCCCAGACUACUGUAAAUAACGUUAAGCAUCGUUGUCAAUUAUUUUUGAUAAGGGCUUGUAAAGAACUUCUUUCACGUACGUCAGGUAACACAGCAAUUUUGAAAAAAAUUCGAGUUUUUUCGCCGAAGAUAUGUUUAAAAAGUGAUCGCCCAGCUUUUGCAGAACUACCAUUGAAUCUUUUAAAAAAAGGUGUUGAUAUUAAUGCAUCGAAGGUUAUAAAGUUGACCGACUCUGAAGGCAAUUAUAUUUUCAAAGAUAUAGCGUCUCUGGCACUUACAGCAUACAGGUACAGUCUACCUGUUAGUAAUGCUUCAGUUGAGCGGGUGUUCUCAAGAGUAACUCUUACUAAAACUAAGCUUCGUAAUCGCAUGACUCUUCUUUUAUUAUCGGCAAUAUUACGAAUCAAAAUGCACUUAGAAGAAAAUGGAAUCUGCUGCACUAAAUUCGAGCCUACUGAUGAUAUGCUAAAUUUUAAUUCUACAAUUUAUGAUAAAAAAAAGACAGACACUUCAGAAGAAGAUGAAAACGUAGAGGAGUUAUUAAAAAAUUUAAAUUUUUAA